ACUUCCGGUUUGGCAAAAAUGACGUCAGUCAGACACAAGUUUAGUUGAAUCUUUAACCGCCCGCAACGGAAGACCGAGGAAUGGCGUUGUUUGUACUCCGAGGACGUUUCUUUAGCUGCAGAAGCGACGUGAGGAGAGUCACGACCGCCGCGCAGCGGAACCGCUCUUCGGUGGCCUCAGGCAAGCAGCGUGUUAAUGGAGUGGAUCUGUACUACGAGCAGACCGGCACAGGGAAACACGCUGUGCUGUUGCUUCCUGGUGCCCUUGGCUGCACUAAAACUGACUUUGGACCUCAGCUCAAGUCUCUUAACAAGGAGCGCCAUACGGUGGUGGGAUGGGAUCCCCGUGGUUACGGGCGAUCGCGCCCCCCGGAUAGAGACUUCCCCUCGGACUUCUUUGAGAGGGACGCCAAGGACGCGGUGGAUCUGAUGAAGGCGCUGGGAUUUGGCAAGUUCUCUCUGCUGGGGUGGAGCGACGGAGGAAUCACCGCUAUGAUCGCGGCGGCGAAGAACCCCGACGUCAUCAGCAAGAUGGUUGUAUGGGGAGCCAAUGCCUUUGUUUCCCAGCAGGACCUGGAGCUCUACAAUGCGGUCCGGGACGUCUCCAAGUGGAGCGCGAAGAUGAGGAAGCCCAUGGAGGAGGUGUACGGAGCAGAAGCCUUCGCUAAAACCUGGGAGGCCUGGGGGGACGGGAUCGCCCAGUUUGCAAAAAGACCUGAAGGGAGUAUCUGCCUGGAGCUGCUGCCGCUAAUCCGCUGUCCAACCCUCGUCAUUCAUGGAGAGAAAGACCCCAUGGUGCCCAGCUUCCACCCACAGCACCUCCUCAAACACAUACAGGGAUCACGAUUACACCUGAUGCCAGAGGGUAGACACAAUAUCCACCUGAGGUACGCUGAUGAAUUCAACCAACUGGUGGAAAACUUUCUGGAACACACUUCAGAAAAUCCAAAAUAAUGCCUGAUUCUUUUGUGCACAAGGAUCAGAGAGAAUACAAUUAAUUGCGUUCAGACGCUUAGUUUAAAAAUGUCUAAACUUUACUCAAUUGUUAUAUACCCCUUUAAGAGAGAGAGAAGUUAUUUGUCAAGUAAAUUACUUGCUGCUCUCAUCAUGCAUCUUGAUAUUUGUUGUAAUUGUGGCUAAUAAAACCUUGAAAAACAAAGAUUAAUUCAAGGCUUAACUAUACAGCUGAAGUUAAGAUGUUGUGAAUUUUGUUAAUUAAUGAAGUCAGUUACAUUACAAGACUUAAUUUGAACAAUGUCUCUCUGGAAAUGAAUUAAUUGGCUUAAAUAGACUUGGUUAUGUUCCAUUCAUUAAAUAGUUAUCUCAGUUAAUUUGAUUUACGUUAAUUGCUUUGCAGAUUCAGAAUAUCAUCAGAAAAUUAGUAAUUAGUAAGUAAUUAGUAAAUCUAUAAUUAUAUAAUUAUAGAUUAAGGUACCCAACAGUAUAUUUGCUCUACAUUUUUUGGCUGCAACUGAAAUUUAAGUAAAUAUAAUCCAAUUAUAAAUAUUAAUGUAAAACAGGCCUUUGCGCCUAUUUAGAUGUUUGGUCAAGUUUGAGGCUGAUACCUGAUACCUACUUGUACUUUUAUUUAACAUUUUGAACAUAUGAAUUUUACUUGAAAGUGUUUCUGCAAUAUGUACCCGACACUCCGCCACAUGCCGGGUUCACCUCCAGACCAAUCUUUGUCUGCUUACUUCUAAAACUGGACUGUGUCUCUGUUGCAUCUUACUGUCAGUGGAGUAAUUGUUUUAAAUGUCCUGCCCCAAUUUGAGGUACGGUAACUCUUAAUUGUAUUUUAUUUGAAAUCUAAUAGUAAUUUAUUUGCA